AUGAUCCUUCUUUCUGUAGCUCGAGGAAGAUACCCUUAUCAUGGCCACAUCAGAUCGACAGUCGAUAAACUGAUUGACCUACUUUGCAGACAAUUCACGGUGUCGAAUGCCAUUGCGUCUGCUGCCUCGGGUACCGGAGGUGCAUCCAGAUACUUCCUCAACUCUGAACAGGUGUCCUUCAACACCUACACGUUCACCGACAUCUCGAACGCUUUCUUCGAACAAGCUGCAGAGGAGUUCGCCAAACAUGCGGACGAGAUGGAGUUCCGCCCGCUUGAUGUCCGUCGAGAGCCCGCAGAGCAAGACUAUAAGCUGCACUCCUAUGACCUCAUUAUCGCUUCGAACGUGCUUCAUGCCACGCCAAAGCUCGAAGAAACUCUGGCUAACGUCCGCAAGCUUCUCAAACCUGGCGGUCAGCUCGUCAUUAUUGAAGUGACACAUCGCGAACAUGCACGUAUUGGGUUCAUUUUCGGUCUGUUCGCUGAUUGGUGGGCUGGACAUGAUGACGGCCGCAUCCAUGAGCCUUUCGUCACCUACGACAAGUGGGACAAAAUCCUCAAGGAUACCGGCUUCUCUGGAAUCGACAGCCGAACCCUCGACCCGGACAGCACCAUCUUCCCCAACAGUGUGUUCAGCAGUCACGCUGUGAAUGAUCUGAUCAAGCGGCUCGAUGUACCUUCAGGGUCGCCGAUCAAGGACGGCUAUCCUCGAGUCGUUGUUAUUGGAGGCAAGACUUCGAAAACGUACUCAUUGUUGGAGACAUUACCUUCUGCUAUGCCACAUCGCGAGGUACAGGCCGUGGACAGCAUCAAGGACGUGAUUGAUGCUGAGAUCGAUCCUACGUCAACAUUCAUCGUACUCUCUGAGCUCGACGAAGAGACGUUCGCUGGACUCGAUGACGAUAGAUUUGACGCUCUCCAGUCGACCUUUAAUAAUGCAAGCCAUGUGUUGUGGGUGACAGAAAGCGCUUGGGUCGACCAUCCCAAUCAGGGCACAACCAUCGGUCUCCUCCGUACUCUGCGCCUAGAGUAUGUCAAGAUCCAGAUUCAAGUUCUCGACGUUGACAACGCGGACAAUCUGACCGCAAAGAUCCUGGUUGACACCGUUCACCGCCUUGAGGAUGGCGCAAAUCACGAGGAAAGCGAUAUCUUGUGGACACAAGAACCAGAGCUCUAUCUACGUGAUGGCCAAAUCGUUGUGGCGCGUCUCAAGUCGGAUAUGACCAAGAACAACCGACUAAACAGUAACCGCCGUCCUAUCAGCACUGCGGUGGAUCCUACCCGGGAAAUGCUGGAACUGACCGAAGAAGAUGGCACGGUGUUCUUCAGACAUCUUGAAGAUCGCCGCGUUCCCAGCGUGGCUGACGCAGGUAAAACAAAGGUUGAAGUGACAUACUCACUGGCCAAGGCUGUACGUGUCGGUAGAUUGGGCUUCUACAACUUAAUCCAAGGUCAUGUCUCAGCAUCUGGUGAAGCUGUUGUCGUUCUGGCCGCCGAGAACACUUCCACUGCUCUGGUCGCCAGCGAUCAGUUGGUACGACUCAGCUCUGAAAGUCACGCUAGAUGUGUGCUACCGGCAUUGCUUGCUAAUCUGAUGGCUCAAAAUCUGGCGCUGGAUGCCACACCUGGAACCACCAUCCUUGUGCUCGAGCCUCCCUCAAUGCUCGUGGAACCAACGAUAGAACGAAGUACUGCUGCUGGGAUCAGAGUCGUCUUUAUGACCACCGAUAGUCAAAUUGUGAGCAGUAUCGGCGAAUGGGUACAGUUGCACCAGCGUAAAACACAACGCGAGCUCUCGAGGAAGUUGCCACAACACGUCUCGUCCUUGUGGAUGAUGAACCUGACCAGAGAGGGUACUGAUAUGGGUCGAAGACUCUCAGCAAAAGUUCCACGCAGCUGUUCUGUAUUCUGUUUGGAUCAUCUCCUCCAGCAAUCUGCAGCGGUACCAUCGCAGAGUUGCAAUCGAAUCGCCUCUGCGCGACUCCAGGAUGCUGUGUCUAGGCUUGACGUCCUCCCAACUUGCGAGCCACAAUCCAUCUUUGUACCAAGCCAGUUAAUGUCCACUAAGGAUGCCCUCCCCGCUGAUACUAUCGUCUCCUGGCAAGCUGAAGCGAAAAUCAACGCCCGUACUCGUUCCAUCGAGACAGGCCAGCUUUUUGUAUCAGACAAGACUUACCUCCUGGUCGGCUUUUCAGGCGACCUUGGACGUUCAAUCGCUCGAUAUAUGAUUGAGGGGGGCGCUCGUCAUGUUGUGCUCUCAAGUCGGUCUCCCAAAAUAGAGCAGGAGUGGAUCGAGGACAUCGCGGAUGUGUCCAAUCUUGCUUCGCUCGACGCUGGCCUGGCCAGUAUUCGCGCAACAAUGCCUCUAAUCGCUGGUGUGGCCUUCGGGCCACUGGUGCUGCAAGACGUCAUGUUCAAAAACAUGGAUCUCUCAAUGAUGGAGAUGGUACAUGCGCCUAAGGUCAACGGGGCCCGCUUGCUCAAUGAACGCUUGUCAGAUCCGCAGAGCCCUCUCGACUUCUUUGUCAUGUUCUCGUCGUUCGUCAUGGUGUCUGGCAACCCUGGACAGGCAGCCUACAGCGCCGCCAAUGCAUAUACGCAUGCACUUGCUCAAUACCGACGCGCACGUGGCAUGGCUGGAUCCACGAUUGAUAUCGGUGCCGUGUACGGCGUCGGUUUCAUCGCCAGGGCCGGCCAUGAAGAGGAGUACGAUGUCGUUCGGUUCAUGUUCGACGAGCUUGCUUCGCGUCGUGGUAAGGGCUUCGAAUCUGCUGGCUCUGCUGGCUCGGUUCAAGAGCGUCUGCUUAGCGCAGACACCAUGGAUGACGUUCGUGCAAUCAUUCUGGAAGGCCUAUCUGUCAAGAUUCGCGGAGCGCUACAGAUUGCAGCAUCUGAUGAGCUAGACUUGAUGUCUAUCCUGAUUGAUCAAGGUGUUGAUUCUUUGAGCGCCGUCAUCAUUGGUACAUGGUUCUCCAAAAACUUGAGCAUCGAUAUUCCUCUCCUCAAGAUCCUUGGUGGCGCUUCAAUCUCCGACCUCGUGAGCGAGGCCAUGACCCGCCUCUCAGCUUCGGUCAUACCAUUAGCCUACAGCGAGAGUCAGGAAUCUGCUGAAGCCAUCGUCCCGGUAACAAAUCGCCAGGUCAAGCACUCGGACUCCGAGCCUUCCGACGAGGCGAGCAGUCUCGACAAGUACACUGAGACGUCGACCCCGACAACGCUGUCUUCUUCGCCAUCACCUUCGGACAGGGAAAUUGAUGGUGUGGAGCGCACCGCGCCGCUUUCGUUGACUCAAGAGUACGCCUGGAAGCAACAACAACUUGGUCUCGAUCCCACAGUCUUCAAUAGCACAAUCUGCAUGUAUAUGCGAGGUGAGCUUGAUCUCAGCAGACUGGGCUAUGCUUUCAAUCAGGCUCUGCAGCGCCAUGAUGCGUUCCGGACAUGCUUCAUUUCUGGUCCAAGUGAUUCAUCUAAGACCGUGCAGUCGGUGAUGAGAUCACCAAGAGUCGCCUUCGAGGCUGUGGAAGUCGUCGACCGGGCAUCUGCCGAGAAAGGAGCCGCUGAACUUGAGGCCUACCAGUAUGAUGUAGCGAUGGGCCAUACCUCGAAGGUGGUCGACUUCCAUUGGUCACCCACCGAGCAUCUCCUAGUCUUUGCCUAUCAUCGUCUUGUCGGCGAUGGCUGGACUACCGAGCAUGUUUUUGUCGAGGUUGGUCAACUGUAUCAUGGCAAGCAUCUUGAACUGCCACCAAGCUAUGUCGACUUCGCACUUCGUCAAAGAAGUCAAAUCGAGUCUGAAGAGCUGAGUAGCGAUCUGUUGUACUGGUCCAAGCUGUUCGCCACGCUGCCUGCUCAGCAGCCUCUUCUCAAUGUCCCAGGCAAGCAUUUUGUGACUUCGCUAUCCUGGAAUGAGCACGAGGCAUCAGCACGUCUCAACCCGAUGGUGGCCGUACGCAUCAAGGAUCGCGGUCGUAAGCACAAGAUGACCCCGAUGCAGUUCUAUCUUGCUGCAUACUACGUUCUCCUGGCUCGCAUGACCGGCACUUCGGAUGUCUGCAUCGGUGUUGCCGACACAAACCGCUCUUCACUUUCCGAUCAAGCCACAAUGGGAUACGAAGCUCUUGUCGCUGUCAAGGAGCAGAUGCGCGCAGCUCUUUUGCACAGCGCGACACCCUACGCUGCCAUACUGGGACACCUUGGCCUAUCGCAGCCCACUGCCAUCGAGCCAGAGUCACAAGCACCUCUGUUCCAGGCAGUCUUUGACUACAAACAAGGUCAAGCCGAAAGCGGAUCCAUCGGCAACGCGAAGAUUGUUGAUUCGCGGACUCCCAGGGCCAAGUCACCAUUUGAUGUCGUGCUAGAGAUGAGUGAUGACCCUAACAAGGACCCUCUAAUCACUAUCAAGCUGCAGAGCGACAGGUAUUCGAGUACCGAUCCCGAGGUGGUGAUGGAUGCGUACUUGUCGAUACUGAGUAUCUUCUCGAGGAAUCCUGCGUUGAGGGUUGAGGACGGACGUUUGGACCAGGGAGCCAAGGCCAGGGCUUGA